AACAAAAACAAAACCACCACGUUUUAAAUAUCGAAAGUGAAAAUAGGUAUAACUUAGUGACCAAUCAUUGGAGACAAGAGCAUCAAAUUGUUGAGCCCGGGGACACCACGUUGAAAAAGGUACAAGGUACUUCCGACCAGGCAGCCCCAGCGCGCAGCCAGGGAGUUUUCCGGAAGCGGGUCGCCGCGCUUGGCCGCCCGAGGCGGAUUUUGCUCUUCUGCUUUCCUCUUUCGCUUUGAAGAAGGACACUGUGAUUACAUUGGUCCUCACCAAGAAUCCAGGAAAAUCUUUAUAUUUUAAAUCUACCUGAUUAUCAACCUUCAUUCAGUCAACAACCUUAAUUCUCCUUUGGAAUCAUGGCAACGGAUGAAGAGGACAAAAAACAAGAUCUUAAGGAGGAAUGGCCAGCUGAGGCAGUUAUGAAAGAUGAACAAAACCAGAAAUUAAUUGAUGAACUUGAAAAGGAAAAUAUUCAGUUAAAGGAAGAGCUCCAAAAACUUGAAGCUGAGUUACAAGAGACCACCACAAACUCCCAGAUUCACGAGGAUAUUCCCGAAACAAAGAUAAAGUUCACAUCCUUAGAGAAUCCUGAGAGUGACAGACAGUUUUCAAAUAUCUCCUAUUCAUGUCAAGUGAGCUCAAAAGUCCCUUAUGAGCUACAAAAAGGACAAGCACUUAUCACCUUUGAAAAAGAAGAAGUUGCCCAAAAUGUGAUCAGAAUGGAGAGCCAUCACGUGCAGAUGCAGGGUGUAAAGGUGAAGGUUAUGGCCAAGCCGGUUUCAUUAAAGUCUGGAGUCAGAUUCCAGGUUCACGUAGAAGUGUCUAAAAUGAAGAUCAACGUUACUGAAAUUCCUGAUGAACUGCCUGAAAGUCAGAUGAGAGAUAAGCUAGAACUGAGUUUUUCUAAGUCCCGCUACGGAGGUGGAGAAGUGGAGAGCGUGGAGUAUGACAGGCAGGCCGGGAGCGCUGUCAUCACAUUUGUGGAAAGUGGAGUUGCCGACAGAAUUUUGAAAAUGAAAGACUAUGCUCUUUAUGUAAAUGAAAACUGCCAUAGAGUUAUGGUGGCUCCAUUCAUGGAAACACAUUUGGAAAAAUUUCAGGUAUUUGCAGGAGUAUCUAAGAAGACGGUGCUUCUGACUGGACUGGAAGACCUUCGGAUAACAGAUGAAGAAACUGUGGAGGAUUUCAUUAGCAUUCACUUUCAGCGGGAGAAGAAUGGAGGUGGAGAAGUUGAGGUGGUCAGAUGUUCCCUCGGGCAACCUCACAUAGUAUACUUUGAAGAAUAGAAUCUUGGAACCUUAUGAAAAUUAGAGCUUCUAAACCCAAAUAACUGUCAGUGCUUGACAAAAAUGAAUAUUUUUUUCCUUAAAGGAAUGAGAAAUUUAAUUCUUUAGUGUUCCAUUAUUCUUAUAUACAAAAUACAUUUCUAUACAAAACACAUUUCUAUGCAAAAUGUAUUUCUAUGUUUUUGAAUUCUUUUUUUCCAACUGUGCUACAUGUUGACAAAUGCAGAAAGGGCACCAUAUUAAAAACAAUUUUGUUCAUGAA